UCUCGAUCUUGAUCUUGAUCUCCAUCUCCGUAUUGGGACCCUAUAAGUAGCCAGCGUUUUUCAAAACGCUCUGUCACUUUCCUCCGAAGCCAACUCUGGACAAGAUGCGUAGCUACCUGGCCCUGCCGCUCCUUCUGCUGCUGGGCUGCACUUUGGCCCUGGCCCAAUAUCAAUACCAGGCUCCCCAUCAACAGACUCUUGCCCAGCAAUUUGCGGAUGUCAUCGAUGUGGUGGAUCCUGCAGAGGAGGCCCUUAAGGCAGUGCGUCCAAAUAAGAAACGCAAUCAGUGCAACACCAAGCAGAAUUGCUUCUGUGGUACCCCGAAUGUGAAUCGUAUUGUGGGUGGCCAGCAGGUGCGAUCCAACAAAUAUCCUUGGACCGCUCAGCUGGUCAAGGGUCGUCACUAUCCCAGACUCUUCUGCGGUGGCUCCCUGAUCAAUGAUCGUUAUGUCCUGACUGCAGCCCAUUGUGUUCAUGGCAAUAGGGAUCAGAUUACCAUUAGGUUGCUGCAGAUCGAUAGAUCCUCGGAUCCUGGUAUUGUCAGGAAGGUGGUGAAGACCACCAUUCAUCCAAACUAUGAUCCCAAUCGCAUUGUCAAUGAUGUGGCUUUGUUGAAGUUGGAGUCACCGGUUCCAUUGACUGGAAACAUGCGUCCUGUGUGUCUGCCCCAGGCUAAUCAUAACUUUGAUGGCAAGACGGCUGUGGUGGCUGGCUGGGGUCUGAUCAAGGAGGGUGGCGUCACCUCCAACUAUUUGCAGGAGGUUAAUGUGCCAGUGAUCACCAAUCAGCAGUGUCGUCAAACUCGUUACAAGGAUAAGAUCGCCGAGGUGAUGCUGUGCGCUGGUCUGGUCCAGCAGGGUGGCAAGGAUGCCUGCCAGGGUGACAGUGGUGGUCCCCUCAUUGUCAAUGAGGGUCGCUACAAGCUCGCCGGUGUGGUAUCCUUUGGCUAUGGCUGUGCCCAGAAGAAUGCCCCUGGGGUCUAUGCCAGGGUUAGCAAGUUCUUGGAUUGGAUUGAAAAGAAUACCUCCGAUGGUUGCUACUGUCAGAGUUAG